AUGUUGGUGUUUGUUCUCCGGCAGCUGCAGAAUUGUCGGGAGCAGAACAAUGGGCUGUAUGCGGCAUCUGUUGUCCUGACAAAAGCAUUCGACACAUAUUUCCUUUUUCUUCCUUCCUUUUCCUCUUACCUUUCUUCUUUUCAUUCUGUUUCUUUCCUUUCUUCGUUUCCUUCCUUCGUUUUCUUGCGUUCGAAUUUAGAAUUAUUUUUCAAAGACGAUUUCUUUCAGGUUCUUCUAACAAAUUCUUGGCCCUCUUCAUUUUUCCUUCAUGUUUCUCUCUUUUUGUCGCAUUUCUUUUCUUCUUUCUUUCUUUCUUAUUCCCUUUUUUUUUUUGUUUCCGUUUCUUUCUUUCUUAUAUUUUAUCAUACUUUAUUAUUUUUUAUAUUUUCUCUUCAACAUAUUUCUUUCGUAGUACUUUCAUUCGUUCUUUUUAUCUUACUUCCGUUUAUUCAUUUCUUUUUCAUGCUUUCUUGCCAUUCUAUCUUCUUUUUUCUUUCUUUCUUUUCCUCUUCCUUGUUUCCUUUUUCGAUUCCAAGCCACAUUAGUCUUGCUACUAAAAAGACGUUUGAUCUCCUGUGCUUAUUUUUUCUUCUUUUUUUCUCUCUUUUAAUCUCAUUUAUUUGCUUCUUUUUUACUCUCGUUUUCUUCUUUUUCUUUCUGUCUUUCUGUUUAUCUUACAUUUUUAUUUUAUGCUUAUCAUUUCAUUCUUUCUUUUUUUAUAUAAUAAUCCCUGUUAUUCUUUUCUCAUUAAGGCUUUCUUAUCCUCAUCUGAGUCUUUCCUUCUUUUUUUUUUCUUUUUUGCUUUUCCUCCUUCCUUCAAAUCUUCUUUGUUUCUUUCCUCCUUUUUCUAUCGUUCGACUUAACUUUUUUCUUUCUCCUCACAUCCUUCCAUUUCUUUUCUAUUUUUUGUACUCAUGCCCUCAUUUCUUUAACCUUUUUGUCUUUUUUACCUCCCUUUAUUUUCAUCUCUUUCAUUAUCUAUUCUCAUCUCCAUAUUUCUUUCUUUUAACAUUCUCUUUACUUUGUUUCUCUCUCUCUCUUUUUACUUUCCUUCUUUCUUUUUUCUUUCUUUACUAA